GGACGAGAGAGCAGUUCCACGGCGCGGUCAGGCCCAGGAACCGCCACAUCACAAACAAGAGCAAAGACGCUGUGGCACCGGGCUGGGCGGGAGCGACGGGGGACGGAGGAACAGCGCCGAUUUGUUCGCACAGGUUCGCACCGUCUGGUCCUUGCAGUCCUCUCCUCGCCUCCGCCCUCUCCCCUCCGCGGGCUCCGCUUUCCUUCUCUACGCUCCUUCAUCCUCCGUCGCCGUCGCGUCCUCCAACAUGCAGCACCGGCUGUUGUCGCUCGUCCCGACGGGCCUGCUGAGCCUCCUCCUUGCGUGGUGUCUGGUACCGCUCGCAAAGGCAGAUUAUUGGAAUAUCACAGAACCGGCUCAGGGAGUGGUUUGGGCGAACGGGCAGGCAAACCUGAUUUCCUGGGCGAAGGCGCUAGAUGAUGGGGUGUCGCAGUUCGACAUCGAGCUGCAGAGAUUGAGCACGUCGGGGCUGUCAUAUGUUGCACACCUAGUUCCAGAUUCCAUGUCCAGCAUCAAUGUCUACAUCCAAGACGUGCCCACGGGCGACGACUACUACGUCAUGUUCGUCAACUACACGCACGGCCUCCUCUACACCGCCUCCAACACCUUCACCAUCUCGGACUCCGCCGACGCCUCCGCGCCCUCGCCCGACGCGAGCGCGCCGACCGUCACCAUCUCGGGCGCGCCGAACCCCACCGCGCAGUUCGCGACGACGUUCGCGAGCGCGGGCACGCGCGCGUGGGCGGGGCUCGACGGCGCGGCGCUGCAGAUCGCCAUGAUCACGGGCGCGCUGCUCGUGAGCGUGCUCUGCGGCGCGUUCUCCGUCCUCUAGGCGCCGACCACCCACGGAGACCCACAUACACAUACACAUUCGACGCGACACACACGCUGCAUACAGGGCGCUUUCGGGUCGGGGGCGGGGUCGGGAGCACGGCGGCUGCUUUGGGGCUAGCUGUUAGGGAGGUGUACUGUACACCGGCACUGCUGUCGUAAUGUAUACCUGCGCGGGCGGGCGGGGUGGCGUCAGACCCCGCCCGCUGGCUUGUUUUCUUGUUUCGUUUCGUAUUUUUUCCCUAUUAUUUGACGGGCGUGUUCGCUUGGUUAUGGAUGGUUCGCUGACAGUGCAGUGCUAUGGCUGACGGACGCGAUGACAUGCAUGGUGUGUAAUGUGUACGCGGGUGGGUGUCUGUGGACUAGAUAAAUGCACGGAUUAGAGCUAGAGAC